AUGGCAUUCGUUAGCUUUUUGAUCCCCUGCUUUGUGAUCGGCACUGAUAUCGCUUUCUCUUGCCAGAAUACUGACGACUUCGUGGGCGCCAGUUCUCCGGGGGACAUUGUUAUUGGAGGCUUGUUCGCAGUUCAUAGCGAAAUGCUGCAUCCAGAAGAGCAUUUCAUCAAGCCAGUAAUUCAGAAUUGCGCUGGCUUUGAAAUUCAAAUUUUUCUUCAGACACUUGCAAUGAUACAUGCUAUUGAAAUGAUCAACAAUUCAACGCUGUUGUCUGGAGUUACUCUGGGGUACGAAAUCUAUGACACAUGUGCAGAAGUUACAAAAGCCAUGGCAUCUGCUCUGAGGUUCCUGGCUAAAUUCAAUUCUUCUAAUGACGUUGUGGAGUUCAAGUGUAACUACUCAGACUACAUCCCAAGAAUUAAGGCAGUCACUGGAGCCAGCUACUCGGAGGUGUCAAUGGCCGUUUCAAGGCUGUUGGCUUUGCAACUAAUCCCACAGGUCAGUCCUGCAUCAUCAGCUGAAAUCCUCAGUGACAAAAUCCGGUUUCCUUCUUUCUUCAGGACUAUCCCCAGUGAUUUUCAUCAGACAAGAGCAAUGGCCCACUUGAUCUGUGAGUCUGGGUGGAAUUGGAUUGGAGUAAUAGCCACUGAUGAUGACAAUGGGCGCUUUGCUCUGGAGAGCUUUGGGGUCCAGGCCAUGGCAAACAAUGUUUGCAUAGCUUUUAAAGAAAUGCUGCCUGCCUACCUCUCUGACAACACCUUUCACACCAAAGUUGAUCACGCAGUUGAGAAGAUUGUCAAGGAAACCAAAGUAAAUGUUAUUGUUGUCUUUAUGAGACAGUUCCAUGUGCUAAAACUAUUUAAGAAAGCAAUUGAGAGGAAUGUAAAUAAAACCUGGAUUGCAAGUGAUAAUUGGUCAGCUGCAGUCAAAAUCAGUACCAUUCCCAAUAUCAGACAGCUGGGGACAAUUGUGGGAUUUGGAUUUAAAAGUGGAGACAUCUCCACAUUCCAAGACUUUCUGAGAAACCUUCAUGAAAAGCCCACUGACAACAACAAAUUUUUACAUGAAUAUAUUAUGCUUUUGUCAGUCUGUGCACACCUGGAAUACCACGAUUUUCAAACGUGCAUUUCAAACCAGUCCCAGGAUGAUCUACUGCAAAAUGUUGAAAAUAACCAUCAGAUCUGGAGAGAUGAUUUUUUGAACGCUAACAUUGAACCAGGAUUUAUCCAUAGUACUAUACUUGCAGUCUAUGCCAUUGCUCACGCCAUUAAAGGGCAAUGCAAAGACAGAAACUGCAAGGAUCCUUCUGCCUUUGCUCCCUGGCAGCUCCUUGAAGAACUUAAAAAAGUUACAGUCAUUGAUGAUGGUAAAGAGAUCAAGUUUGACUCCAAUGGAGAUAUGAGCACCAGUUACGAUGUACUUCUUUGGAAAGAAAUUGAUGGCCACAUGGAAAUCACCACUAUGGCAGAAUAUGACCCAGAGAAAGGUGACUUCAUCUUUGAGGAUGAGGAGAAAAAAAAAGAAUUUCUGGAUUUAAAGAAGGUUCAGUCAACAUGCUCCCAGCACUGCAGGCCAGGCCAGAUGAAAAAGGUUACAGAAAGCCCACACACAUGCUGCUAUGAGUGUGUUUACUGCCCAGAAAACCAUUACAGCAAUCAAACAGAUAUGGAUUACUGCUACCGAUGUAACAACAAAACCUACUGGGCUCCCGUCAACAGUACCACAUGCUACAGAAAGACAAUCCAUUUCCUCGCCUGGACUGACUGGUUUGCUAUUUUCCUCCUCCUCCUCUCUGCUUUUGGGGUUGUGUUGGUUUUGUCAAUCAGUGUAAUAUUUACUAAAAACUUGAACACGCCGGUUGUAAAGGCGUCUGGAGGGCUGACUGUCUGCUAUAUUAUUCUCUUCAGCCACUUCUUAAUUUUUUUAAGCACCGUCUUCUUCAUAGAUGAACCCACAGAAUUCAAGUGUAAGACUAGGCAAGCCCUCUUUGGCAUAAGUUUUGCGCUCUGCAUUUCAUGUAUUUUAAUAAAGUCACUAAAAAUUUUGCUGGCCUUCAGCUUUGAUCCCAAGCUGCGGAAUUUCCUGAAAUGCAUGUAUAAACCUAUUCCCACUGUGGUUGCCUGCACUGGAAUUCAAGUUAUCAUUUGCACCUUCUGGCUAAUAUUUAGGACACCUUUUGUAAAGCAAAAUUUCUCAAUCCCAAGAGCAAUAAUUCUGGAGUGCAAUGAGGGCUCUAUUGUGGCUUUUGGGAUUAUGCUGGGCUACAUCGCUGCCCUAGCCUUCGUUUGCUUCAUAUUUGCCUUUAAAGGUAGGAAGUUGCCAGAGAACUACAAUGAAGCUAAAUUCAUCACCUUUGGCAUGCUAAUUUACUUUAUAGCAUGGAUUGUAUUUAUCCCCGUCUAUGCAACUACAUUUGGCAAAUACCUGCCAGCAGUGGAAAUCAUCGUUGUCUUAAUAUCCAAUUAUGGAAUCCUCUGCUGCACUUUUUUUCCGAAGUGCUAUAUCAUCAUUUACAAGCAAGAAACGAACACAAAAUCUGCCUUUCUCAAAAUGGUUUACACAUAUUCCUCCAAGAGUGCAGGCAGCGUUGCUGUUAGUCAGUUUUCUUUGGAUUCAAAGUCUUCCAGCUCCCGAGCUACUAUCUCAGACUCAUGUAAAUCUGAGAAAAACUCUGCGAAUGGAAAUUGCCAUUUCCAAGUGCCUGAGCAGAGACUAAUAAAAGGGGAAGUUCUUCCUAAAAAUACUGCAAGGACUGUGGCCAGGAAAAGACUCUCCAGCAUAUGACUGAGCAGCAUUAAAGUACUAGAAGAUGAAAAGCCAACUUUGGGAGCCAUUUUUCUUUCAGGUCUCUUUCCUUUUGGCAUCCCCAAAGAGAGCAGGCCACGCAAAAUGCGUUCUUCUCUGGUACAUAAGCCGUUAUCCAUUACCAGAUUUGCAAGGCGUUCCUUGCUAACAGAGUCCAGCCCUGCUCCUGCAGGCACCAUGAGGUACGGUCCCCUUCAGCAGUGCCCUUCCAUCCCCGGCCCCCUCACGUAGACUUUCAGGAACCUAUUCUUCAAUCUCACUUCCCUGAGUGAGGCAGAAGCAUCAGAAGAGUAUUAUUUCUCACAGACUUGUAGAUGGGAACAUAUGGGUUUACCCCACUUGUUUUGUGUCUUUGGUGCCCAACUGUUUAAGGAGCUCUUCUUCUCACCUGGCUCUGUUUUACAGAUCAAAGAGAUCCCUCUCCCAGCCUUUGUUUGCUAGGCUAAACAAGCUCAGUCCUUUAGUCUCCACUUUUGAGAUAGGCUUUCCAUUCUCCUGAGCAUUACAAAGUAACCCUUUUCAGCCGGUAUCAGUGAAUCCUUUUUCUUUUUUCCCUCCCCAAAACUGCACACCUUAUUGCAGACAAGUGUUGCAGUUACUUUUAAAGUUCCUUGUAUUUGCCAGGUUGAUAAUGAACUAGAGACAGGUCUACCUGAAAAUCAAAGAACUGCUCUGGAGCUCUGUAGUUAUACAUAUGUCCAUCUACCUUCUUUCCCCCGUCCUCAGAGGACAUACGCUGAUUCACCUCAUGCACCUCCUCUGAUGCAUGAGGAGAGAGGACCCACUAUGUUUGUCCCCAGGUGUCCUCUUAGUUGAGGACGUAAUGUCAAUAAACACUAAUUGAUCCCUCUCUUUAGCAUAAAUGAUGUAAUGGCCAGGAUCAGCAUGAGUGCAA